GUUGCGCAGAUCCGGGCCGCGGCUGUGGGGAGGGCGACGGAGCGGGUGACCUUCCGGAGGCGGGAGCGAGCGAGGAGGCCCGGGGACGCCCAGCGCCGCCGCCGCCGCCAUGAACAACUCGGGCGCCGACGAGAUCGGGAAGCUCUUCGUGGGCGGUCUCGACUGGAGCACGACCCAAGAGACACUGCGCAGCUACUUUUCGCAGUAUGGAGAAGUCGUAGACUGCGUGAUCAUGAAAGACAAGACCACCAACCAGUCUCGCGGGUUUGGGUUUGUCAAGUUUAAAGACCCAAACUGCGUGGGGACGGUGCUGGCCAGCAGACCGCACACGCUCGACGGCCGGAAUAUCGACCCCAAGCCAUGCACGCCUCGGGGGAUGCAGCCGGAAAGAACUCGGCCCAAGGAAGGAUGGCAGAAAGGACCCAGGAGCGAUAACAGUAAAUCGAACAAGAUAUUUGUUGGCGGGAUCCCUCACAACUGUGGUGAGACAGAGCUCAGGGAAUACUUCAAGAAGUUUGGCGUGGUCACGGAGGUGGUCAUGAUCUAUGACGCCGAGAAGCAGAGGCCUCGAGGUUUUGGAUUUAUUACUUUCGAGGACGAACAAUCAGUGGACCAGGCUGUCAACAUGCAUUUUCACGACAUCAUGGGCAAAAAAGUGGAAGUUAAGCGGGCCGAGCCUCGGGACAGCAAGAGCCAAGCGCCGGGACAGCCGGGUGCCAGCCAGUGGGGGAGCCGGGUGGUGCCCAACGCUGCCAACGGCUGGGCGGGUCAGCCCCCACCCACGUGGCAGCAAGGAUACGGCCCGCAAGGAAUGUGGGUGCCGGCAGGACAGGCGAUCGGUGGCUACGGACCACCCCCUGCUGGAAGAGGAGCCCCCCCUCCGCCCCCGCCAUUCACCUCCUACAUCGUGUCCACACCUCCUGGCGGCUUUCCCCCUCCUCAGGGCUUCCCCCAGGGCUACGGCGCCCCUCCACAGUUCAGUUUUGGCUAUGGACCUCCGCCCCCACCGCCGGAUCAGUUUGCCCCUCCGGGGGUCCCUCCUCCACCUGCCACUCCAGGGGCAGCACCACUGGCCUUCCCGCCGCCUCCGUCACAGGCCGCCCCAGACAUGAGCAAACCCCCGACAGCCCAGCCGGACUUCCCCUACGGUCAGUAUGCAGGUUACGGGCAGGACUUGAGCGGCUUCGGACAGGGCUUCUCGGACCCCAGCCAGCAGCCUCCCUCCUAUGGGGGCCCCUCUGUGCCGGGGUCGGGGGGCCCCCCUGCCGGCGGCAGUGGCUUUGGACGAGGGCAGAACCACAACGUGCAAGGCUUCCACCCGUACCGACGCUAACCAGCGGCGCGCCGGGGCCCGGGACGCGACGCUCGUGCACUUGUGACAAUCAGGCCUGGCGGGGAGAGGCGGCUCGGCCGGGCGCGGGCCUCGCGGCGCGGGCGGGGACCGAGGUGUGGAUCUUUGUUUCUCUGACCCAUCAGCACAACGCAGGAGCGCCACGGGGUCAGCCACAGGGUGGACUAGACGUCUUCAGCUUUAAUUGAGAACUUCAGGUUUCUUUUUCUUCCUUUUUUGAAAUUAUUUUCCUGAGCCUUUGGUUUUACCGUAUAUUGUAAACUUUUAUGUUAAAGAAAAAAAUAUACAUUUACAAAUUGUGAGAUUUUUAAGAGAAAUUUUCUACGAUGUAUACUGGCUUAUUUUUUAAUUUAACACAGGGUUCCGUCGGCACUGGUGGGGGGGGCGGCGCGGCCCCGCUCCUGCUCGGGCGUGGGACUUGUUCCGGAAACUCUGGGAGCUUGAAGAAACCUGCUGAGUGUUUUUGUUUUUGUUUAUUCCUCGCUCUUGUCGACUGCCUGCCUGGGAGCGCCUGCAGGUCGCCGUGGGCCAGGCCGGGGAGGCCGCUCGGCCGCACUGCAGGGCGCCCGCUUGGCCACCUUGACCCUGGUUUGAAUAAAGAGAAGUGCGUUUGGAUUAGGA